AUCGAUUGGUCGGGGUUCCGGGAGGAGGCGGAAUCGCCUGGGCAGUGCCACUGGGCACGGGCGGGGGAGGUCACUCCGGAGUCGCCUUCGCCGCCUGCCUUGCUCUGCCUGUGAGAGGAGUCUCCCUCCCCCCCCGCAUCAACAUCUGGUUCCUUUCAGGACCCCCCCCCUCCCCUCACACACGCGCUGUCCCGCCCCUUGGGGUGACAGUGGGGAGCACGCAGGGGGCGCGUGAGGAGAACCCUAACAGUCGCGCGGGACAGCCCCCACUUUUUGGGGGUUUUUUUUUUGGGGGGGGAGGCGCUGCACGAGACACCCGCGGCCCCUGCGGGGGCAGCAGCGCGCGACAGGGGAGGGGGGGGUCCGCGGCGGCUGUCAACGGUCACUGGCCCGGGCCGUGGUGAGGGGGGGGGCCGGCGGCGGCCCGAGGCCCCCCUGAGGGGAGGGAGGGGUGCAGACCUGCCCCUCUCUCUGCAGGGGGGGGGCGGGGGAGGAAGAGCCGCUGCUGGGGCCGCCGGCAGAGUCCCCCCUCCCGCCUGGCCGGGCGGGGCGGGCUGCGGAGCCGAGAUGUCUCAGGAGCGGCCCAAGUUCUACCGGCAGGAGCUGAACAAGACGGUCUGGGAGGUGCCCGAGCGCUACCAGAACCUGUCCCCGGUGGGCUCCGGGGCCUACGGCUCCGUCUGCUCUGCCUUUGACAGAAAAACUGGGCUGCGAGUGGCUGUGAAGAAGCUGUCCAGACCAUUUCAGUCCAUCAUCCACGCCAAAAGGACCUACAGAGAACUACGGCUACUUAAACAUAUGAAACAUGAAAAUGUGAUUGGUCUGUUGGAUGUGUUCACACCUGCUAAGUCACUGGAAGAAUUCAAUGAUGUGUACCUGGUGACCCACCUCAUGGGGGCUGAUCUGAACAAUAUUGUGAAAUGCCAGAAGCUCACAGAUGACCAUGUACAGUUUCUUAUAUACCAAAUUCUUCGGGGUCUGAAGUACAUCCAUUCGGCUGACAUAAUACACAGAGACUUAAAACCUAGUAACUUAGCUGUAAAUGAAGACUGUGAGCUGAAGAUUCUGGAUUUUGGUUUGGCCCGGCACACGGAUGAUGAGAUGACUGGGUAUGUGGCUACCAGGUGGUACAGGGCUCCUGAGAUCAUGCUGAACUGGAUGCAUUACAACCAGACAGUUGAUAUUUGGUCAGUGGGGUGCAUUAUGGCUGAGCUGUUGACUGGAAGAACAUUGUUUCCUGGUACAGACCAUAUUAACCAGCUUCAGCAGAUCAUGCGGCUGACGGGAACACCCCCUGCAUAUCUGAUUAACAGGAUGCCCAGCCAUGAGGCAAGAAACUACAUCCAGUCUUUGUCCUACAUGCCAAAGAUGAACUUUGAAAAUGUGUUUAUUGGUGCCAAUCCACUGGCUGUGGACUUGCUGGAGAAGAUGCUGGUGCUGGACACAGACAAGCGAAUUACUGCAGCUGAGGCACUGGCCCAUGGCUACUUCUCUCAGUACCAUGACCCAGAUGAUGAACCAGUGGCAGACCCCUAUGACCAGUCCUUUGAAAGCAGAGAACUUGAGAUUGAGGAAUGGAAAAGUCUGACUUAUGAUGAAGUAGUCAGCUUUGUGCCACCACCGCUUGACCCAGAGGAGAUGGAGUCCUGAGAAACUGCUUCUCUUCUGUUUGUCCCACUUCACUGUGAGGGGAAGGCCUUUUCAUAGGGACUCUCCAAAUAUCAUUCAAGUGCCUCUUGACACAAAGAUAUUCUCCUUGGUGGAGGGGUUUUGUGUGUGUGUGUUUGUGUGUGUACUGAAUGGGGGGGAGGGAGGAAGGCUGACUGUAUGUAAACAUGCUGCAUGCUACCGUGUAUUCUGUGUACAGCUAAGGACAAGCCUCUGAAGACCUAUUUGUGACUUUUUUUUUUUUUUUUAAUUUUUUUAGCCCUUCCAGAGUAAUAGACAGCAACCAAUCUGCACUGCUGCUGGGGCAAGGCAGACAUAAUGCGGGGAAGCUCAGUUAAUUCUCAGUCACAUUUGUUGCCAUUAAAAUGGUUCUCCUCUGAGGAAGUGACUUUACAGAUAAUGGAAGGUAGCUGUAUACUUGAACGGAGCCCCUUGCUUUCUGCAGCAACAGAUUUAGGGUGAUGUCUUUUCUAUUUCAUGUUAGAUGGCUGAUCUACAUCCAAAGCCUCUUUCCAGUAUUGUGUACCAGCAGAAAGUAUGAAUAUCUCUGUUUAAUUCUUGAAACAUGAGAAGGAUUUGUUUGAAAAUGUAAAUAUGUUUUGUGCCUUAAAUGAAUGGGAAAAGAGUGAAAGUGAGUUUGGAGUUAACAUUCUUGAAUGGAAUUCUGAGCCCACUGCUUUCUGUGGGCUGCAGGUAGCCAGGCAUGAACACUAUAACCAGGAAGUUUACUGUCCAAGGCAACAGACUGUGUGCCCUUCGAUUGGGAAUCACCAUAUUUCUCCUCCUUCUAUUUCUCUCAUUCUGAGGCUUCCCAGCAUUAGCUCCCAAUAGACACAGGCCAAAGCUGGAGAUGAUUCAUGCUGUGUCUGUGUGCUUGUGUACUUUAUUCCUAACAAGAUGGGGUGGUGUUUUUUUUUUUUGUUUUUUUUUAAUGUAGCUGUAUGUGCAUGUAGACCUACUUUUGUUGCAUUAUCUUGACGGAGGGCACUGGAGCAGUAAGUCUGCCAGUGAAAUACUGUACUGAGUUCCUCUGCUGUAGGAAAAUCACAGCAUCCUCCCUCUUGUAGCACAACUCAUUGUGAACAUAUCUGCCAUUCUGGGAGCUUUGAUAAAAUAUAUGGGACAGAUAAACAUGCACCUCUUUCUUUUUUCUGGGUUCAAAAGAUUUGGAUUUAUAGGGUAAAGGAUAAAUAAAGUCCUUCAAAGGAGCAGCUAAACGUGAGACAAUUUAAUUGUCCAAACUUAGAUGUUAUUUUGCCCCCCAAAAGAAGUUUCUUAGAAAUGCUGGAGUCCAAAACAAAGAAUAAGCAUGCGUGAAGUCAGAACCUCCCUUUCACUGUCUGUAUUGUGUGGGUGUGUAAUUAACACUUUAAUAAGGUGAUUUUAUUUUUACCCUCCUGGGAAAGAGCUUUUUGGCUAUUUUAGUGGGUUGGUCUCUGCCUGAGGAAACAAGAAAAGGGAGUAUGUUUAAAGACAAAGUUGGUUAGACUAUUUUAUAUUUUACAGGGAUCCUGUGUGAAUGAAAUGGCCAUGUUUAGGGACUGGGGGGAGGAAAGUGUCUUUCAGUAUUUUGUAUACUGCAGCUGUCCUGGGUGGCUCAGAGGCCCUUUUUUUGUUUUUUUGGGAUAUACGGGAAAAGGCAUUUUCAUAAGUUCAUGUAUUGCAGGCAUCUCCUGUGUGGGAGAAGCCGGGCUUUUGCAGUAUUUUGUAUCCUGAUGGAUCUUUGAUAUAGGAGUUGAGAGCGGCUGUUUUAAUGUAUUUAUUCCUAUGCAUAAAGAGGCAGCACAAAGGGGUGGGAGGUGGAUGAUAAAGCCAUCAGUUUUUCCUAGAACACUUUCCAGUGAUCUCUCUUCAGGUCAAACCCUCUUAGAGAAGCUUGGGAUAGGGUGGAGAGAGCAAUUCUUUCAUGCCUUGGGUACAGAACUCUCCCCCUGACCAAAUGAAAUUGACAAUAGAAAACCUCCUUCUCUCCUGGAUCUGCAGUCCAGGUAUUUAAAUGGAAAUCUGUAAACCUACAGCAAGACUAUUUUUAUCAGCCAUGUUAUGUGUAGACGCUACAGUGUGAUUUCAUGCAGAAAUAUCGCUAAAGAUUUUUUUAAAAUAUAGACAUUGCAUGUAUGAGUGGGAAUCUUUCGAAGUCCAGACUCUAAUGGGAGCUCACGUGGCACGCACUCCCUGUUUUCAGAGCGGUGCUGUUCUUCUGCCUGAAUUCUGAACAGAAGUACACACUUCAAAAAAGAAAUUCUGCUAUUUUGUUUGUAUCCAUGAACUUUGCUGUAAUCAGUUAUGUCAUAUAGGAGGUCACACAAUACCACUGGUUUAAAAUAAAACUUAUUUUUCAGAUUUA